CGCCCCGCGAGGGAGGGCUGGGGGGGCCGGCGCGGGGGCGCGGUGACAUCACGGCCCGCCGCGCCGGCCUUUUAGCGCAGGGCCGCCCUCCUAACUGUGCAGUGCGCUGGCUCCCGCGCCCAGCAUCGCCCCGCGGCCCUGCGAGCAGCCUCUCGUCUCCCGCCCGCCGCAGCCAUGGCCAACAAGGGCCCAGCCUACGGCAUGAGCCGGGACGUGCAGUCCAAGAUCGAGAAGAAGUACGACGAGGACCUGGAGGACCGCCUGGUCGAGUGGAUCGUGGCGCAGUGCGGGGCCUCGGUGGGCCGCCCCGAGCGGGGCCGCCUGGGCUUCCAGGUCUGGCUGAAGAACGGCAUCGUGCUGAGCCAGCUGGUGAACAGCCUCUACCCCGACGGCUCCAAGCCCGUCAAGGUCCCCGACUCGCCCCCCACCAUGGUCUUCAAGCAGAUGGAGCAGAUCGCCCAGUUCCUCAAGGCCGCCGAGGACUACGGCGUCGUCAAGACAGACAUGUUCCAGACCGUCGACCUCUUCGAAGCCAAGGACAUGGCGGCGGUGCAGAGGACGCUGGUGGCCCUGGGGAGCCUGGCGGUGACCAAGAACGACGGCCACUAUCACGGGGACCCCAACUGGUUCAUGAAGAAAGCGCAGGAGCACAAGCGGGAGUUCACCGAGAGCCAGCUGAAGGAGGGCAAGAACGUCAUCGGCUUACAGAUGGGGAGCAACAAGGGGGCGUCACAGGCGGGCAUGAGCUACGGCCGGCCCCGGCAGAUCAUCAGCUAGGCAGCCCCCCGCCCGCCGCCCCCCGCCCUCCCGCAGCCGCCGGCAGCGCCGCCCCAGCCAGGCCCUCCGUCUCCGCUCCCUGCACCCAGCGGGCCGCGGCCGCCGCAGCGCCGGCCGCCACGCCAGCCCCUCGCCCGCUGGGAUUUCUUUACAACCCAAAGCCGAGCCGCCCCAGCGCCCCGGCAGCGUCCCAGCCGGCAGCACGCGCCCAGCGGCAGCCCACGCGGCGACGCACGCAGCGCCGGGGCCGCCGGGGCCGCUCCGCCGUGCCCGGCCGCGCGCGCGCUGCGUCCGGGCGGCCUCUCCUCUCCGGCUCGCACGCUCCCCGCUUCGCUGCCGCCAGCCCCGCCGCCGGCCGGUCCCGCUCCCGCCGCGCCGCGCUUGCGGGCACCCGCGGGUGCCCCGCACCCUUCCCGGGGAAGGCCGGCGGGAAGGGCACGCGCCCCAGCACCCGGAGCCACCCCGCCUGCCGCAGCCCCGCACGACGCCAGCGCCACUCUCGCAGAGAUCCUUGCAAAUGGGGAGAAAAGAGAAUUGGCCUGAGUUUUGUACUUCGUUUUUGUCAAAAUUAAAAGGUUACUAGUCGA